GUCAUGGCUGUCAACGACGUAAAGCGAUCACACGAGAAGGACGAGGUCGCGUUGGGGUACCAGUCUGUGGGGUCUCCACCGUUGCCUACAGGGAUGCACUUGCCGAUUAAUGGAGGCCAGCGCAACUACCCGACGGAGGAGAGCGACGACCCACCAAUCGAUAUCGCUGAAGCAGAUGCCAUCCGACCGCCGAGGGGAGCAGUGCAGCGAUUUGUUCGCUACUAUCGCGUUCUCGAGUUCGGCACUGCCGUCGUUCUGUACCUCCUGGCGCUAGUGUUCGCAGAGAUCGACGUGCACGAGCGUCCAAUUCCUGGAAUUAAAGUCCGCUUGAACGCGACAGCCGUGGCGUGGUCUCUCGACCCAUCAAUUGACGAGAAAAAGUUAUCUGAAGAAGUACCGGUGUGGCUUCUGCUGUCGCUUGGAAUCGGUUUGCCUGUCGGAACAAAUCUCAUCAUGAACUACGUUCUCCCAAAAUGCAUCCAAGUCCGCAUUAUCGCCCACGAUACUCGUGACUUCCUUUUGAGUCUGUUUCAGUCGAUGGCACUUGCCACUUUCCUAACGCAAUUCACUAAAAACAUCACCGGUCGCUUUAGACCGAGUUUCUACGACAUGUGCAAGUGGAACCACGACGUUGUCUGGGACGGAGUCACCAACUUGUGCACCGACGCUGCUGGCGAGAAGGAAGGACGUAAAAGUUUCCCAUCAGGUCAUGCGUCGUUUGCAUGGGCGUCUAUGCUCGUAUUGACGCUUUACCUGCUUGGCCGAUCGCGUCUUAACUGCGAGAAUCGCAGUAACUCCACGCUGCGAGGCGGCAAGAAAUCCCUAAUGCUGUUCAUUUGCUGCUCGCCUGUUGUUCUUGCGGCUUGGAUUUCCAUCACGCGCUGCAUCGACAACUGGCACCACUACAGUGACAUCCUGGCGGGUAGUGUCAUUGGAGCCGUGUCUGCUAUUUUUGCGUUCAACUACAACUACGGAUCGAUCUUUGGCUACGAUUCGGCGGGUCUUCCUCUCGAGGAGAUCCAUGAACGUCGCAUGAACAAAGCGAGAGAAGCCAGAAUUGAGGAGCAGUUCGACAUUCAUCCAAAUUGGGCUCACCGGUUCGAGUCGAGGCCGCCGCUACUCAAGCAUAUGUCGAGCGAGUACAUCGUCGACUUCAGUAGCCGUAGCAUGGACUCUCACAUCGAGCAUUAA